AUGUCGAUAUUUGAUGGGUCUGGGAAGUUGGCAACGACGCGCACAGACUUUGAGUGUAUGGAGGAAAUGGCUGUUGGACUGUAUUGCCAAACAUUCUUCGAUUACUUCGGUCAUGCCCCCUCCACCCCACAUCGCAUUGCUACUUCAUAA